GCGUGCAGAUCGCAAAUCGCCCAACAACCGGGAAACAUUACGAAGACUGGGGAAAAAGAUCUCCACAAGCUGAAAUCGAAUUCGCGGGAGCGUUAAACCGCGAAGAGGUAGCGGUAGUACUGAAAAGUGUGUGUGGGGAGUGAAAAGAAAUGGGCAAGUGGAGAGGUUGAACGCCAGAAAUGUGACGAUGUAAAGAGUUAUAGAUGAAUCCAACAACAAGUGCGUGCGAAUAUUGAAUUGACAUCGAAGUUCCGUUAAAGAAAAAAAUAAAGCGAAAUAGCAAAAACCAAAAACAAAAUAGAAAACAAACAAUAGAUUGUUAUUGUGGCUGCUGAAAACGAGAAUGAAUCAAUAAAACCUUUGAAAACUAACAGUAAACUUGAAAAGUGGCACAGCAUCGGCCAUCAAGUACAAAAAACAGAAAGAGAUUUUUAGCAUUUCAUUUAAAUAUGGUUAGUCAUCGGAAAGAGUGCCUACUGUGGCUGCUGAUCGCCAUUAGUGGUUGCCAGCUAAUUGCAGCUCAGCAACUGCAGGGGCCACCGCGUCCCAGGGGGCGUAUACGUAUUGCGGAUAUGCAAAUUCCCGCCUCUGCCGGUGGAGCAUCGGCUCCGGCCUUGGGAAACUGGCCAAGUUUGCCAGCAGCAGGUCCCAUCAGCUCCACCGUCCACACCCACAUUCCAUUGUUGCGCGAGGGGAACGCUCCCCCUCUUCCAGCCACGCCCAGUCAGGAGGCGGUGGUGUACGGGAACUGGAAGCCAGAGCAUCCGGAGAAGCCCGAGGAGAUGGAGGGGGUACUCGACGCGGAUCAGCAGCCCAAGGAGCGCGUCUACGGGCGACUGGAGGCCAUGCUCAUGGGAAUGCCAGCGGAUGCCAUUGAUGCCAAGUCAUCGAGUUCCAGUGAAGAGGAAACGGCUCCCAUUGCGCCUGGUGGCUAUCAGAAUCCCUCAUUUGUCCAUUCAGCCAGCUUCGAGCGAUCGCCGGAGAAACACGGACGGCGGCGUAUUACCAGCCAGCAGGCACCACACCAGUUCGAGGUGGUGAACAAUACGGAUUCACGGCUGAAGACCAUGGGCAAGCAAAUAAACGAGUCCGUGGAAACGACGACGACGAAUACUCAGAGGAACUCUCAGCAUUCCGCCGACGACAGCUGGAUGCCAUUGCCGUAUCCAUAUCCCUACGACACCACAGUUCCAGCACCUCCGGCAACCAGCUCGGCGAUUCCGGGAUUCAUGCAAUCCUCAGUGGUGCAUCCACCGGCACCCACACAGGCCACUCGAUCCACGGAGGGACUACUCAACUGGCCCACUGAUUUCAUCGACAGUUCCUCCAACACGGCGAGCACCGAAAGAAUAGAUGGGAAUCUCCAAGUCAACAUCGACAGGCGUGAUGAAAGCGUCUCCGAUCCUGCGGAUGAGUACAAAUACUACGAGGACUCGCUGAACUCAGCCCAAAUGCACAGCGAACUGAGUGUGCCGGAAACGAUGCCACUGAAUAUAACCCGGGUGGGCAUUCCCUACGAAGAUCGCAAUGCCUCCGAGGAGCCGACCAUAUGUGUGCCCCUCACCGUCUCGGAGACAUCCCUUUCCUCCGACAGCAUAGUGCCCCAGGUGGUGGAGGUGGAGCGGGUCUACUGCUUCCCACUGCCCAAGGUGGAGGUGCGUCCUGGCCAUGUUCGUCCGCAGGUGGAGCAGGUGACGAGGGAUCAGGAAAUCUUUGAAACCGAUAUGGAUAUGGAACCAACGGAGUCGCCAAUGCCCAGUGAUUCCACUGCGGGAGCUAGUCGAAGAUCACUUGGCCUCCUCACACUACUCCUUAUUAUUGGUUGGAGCUUCAGGCCAGGACUUAGAACUUAGAAUUAGGAUCGCUUGACCUUAAAACAA